AGUCCUGUCGCGGAAUUUUAUCAGGCCGGUCAGGAUUCAGAAGUUGACUUGACGAAAAGACCAAUUAGAAAAGUUCUUGUUCUUUUCCUAUAUACCUAAUUAUUUCAUGAGACUUUGGAUUACUUUUCAGGUGAACUCUGGUGUUUGAAGUAGUAAAUAUGGGAAGAGGCGAUAAGAGAAAAUCAGAUGGUGGUUCAACAAAUUUAGUAGGAAAGUUCACUCAAAGCGUUCGUAGGAUAGUUCAAGACGUAAAGGAUGAAGGAACAGCCACUGGAGCAACAAAAGAAGAAGUGAUAGAGACCAACGAGAGGUUAAGAGCAGUAAGAGUACGAAUGGAUGAAUCUUAUGAUACUGCCAAAAAGGCACUUGUGGGACUCAUGGGAAAGUAUAACGAGAGUAAAAGCGUCCAUAAUAUAUUUCAAAGAUACAAUAUGCUCAAAGCAAUGAUCAAGGAGGUGAUACGAUUAGAAACGCAAUAUUGGACAUUGGUGGAUAUUCCAAAGCAAGAAAAACAAGAAACAGUGCCGGCUUUUGUUCUACGGGCUUGCGCUAUUAUGGAAAAAACACAGAAAUCUGGAGAAGGUGUCAAAACAUCUGCAAAAUUGGCAGAGGAGGCGCAGGAUAAAAGAGAACGAAUAGAAAGAUUAGAAAAUAUGACUACAUCGCAAAUAGACGCUGAGAACACUCAAAUGACGAAUGACCUCUACAGGUUAUUAAAGAAGUAUUCCGGUUUAAGAAAUCUCAUUCGACAAUUAAAGACUGAAUACACUAAUGCCAAGUUAUAUCCUAUGGUGCUACGUUACUCAAUGUUAAAGGAUAUGAUCAAAGAUAUUAUGCUUCAUCCAGAUUACAUGGAAGUAUGUCACGAAGUCGACGCAUAGCCAAAGUCGUUCUCCUAGGUGGGACUUCGUCGGCAAAGCGUCAGAUUUUGAAGCUUUUGCCGAAUUCCAUCAAGGAAAUAAUUGAGAAUACGUAUUUUCACAAUAGACGAUUAGAAAAUCAGAAGGAAAAUAUCUUUUUUGGUUACGGUUUGAUCAUGCGGAUUGGAAGAAAACAUUUUGGAAAUUUCGUGAGGGAAAUGAAAGUAGAUAGUAAGAAAUAUUAUAAUUGCACCAGUUAUGGAAUGUACCUAUUUUUAUAUUUUCUAUGAGAAUAUUCAUCUUGAAAAUAUUCAAUUUUUCAAUGUGCCAUAUUAACAAAUUACAGCAAACGUUAAAUUUCAUAAAAGAAUAAAAAGUCAUUUUAUCAAACAAAAUCUUAUAGUUUUUAAUAUAUAUAAUAAUGUAAGUGGUAAAUAUUUAUCUAUUUAAAUCCAUUUAUUUGUAUGUCAACAAAAGUUCAAAUGCUUAGUCUAAUUUCCAGAAUUUUACAAAACUUUUUUGUUGUAGAAUUGUUUUGAGCUGUCGCUAAAACUUUACAAUAAUAACAUUUACUAAAAUAAAGUUCUGAUAACUUAAAUUUCGAAAGCGUCUCAAGUUAACAGUUAAAUAAAACACCUUGUAUCAAUAGAUACAUGUAAAUUAUGAUUAAAGCUUGGUUUUUGCAGCCAAAAUUGAAACUAAAUUAAAAUUAACAUUAAACUCAACUUUCUUGGUUUUGAUUUUGGUUUUUGUUCCAUCGUCUAAAGGCCAUUGCUGACUUUGAGACAUUACUUAUUCCUAUUUUUUUGUAUAUCAGUUUUAAAAAUAAAACACCUCGGCGUAAAUCGGCGCAAUAACACGAAUAAUAUUCUUAUAGCCAAAUAAUAAACAACAUAUUGUAAACAAAACAAUACCACCAAUACAGACUGACCUGACGUAUUCUGUACUUUAAAAUUAAACUGAGAAGUUAAAAGUUGGGGAACUCUUAAUUUAAUUUCAUUUUAAAUUUACUAUUACUGUUCUGUAUGAACUACAAGUACCAUAUCAGUGUCUUUUAACUAGUCAUUCAAUUUUUUAGUUUAAUUUAUAAUUUUGACCGCAUAGAACAAGCUUUACUUAGAAUAAACUAUAAGUGGCGAAACAUAUUUAAACUAACUUCAAAUUUCAUCUGUGUGUUACUAAUCUAAAAGGACAACACUGUGCUAAACUGUAUCAUUUUUCUACAAACUUUCAUAACUAUAUAGCUUGAUACUUAAGGCGAAGAAAAGGAAUUGGGAGGCUGAAAUACUCGUAGAUAAAGAAACUGAGAGAUAGGAGAAACCUCAAACGCUUCUCAAAACCGAUCAAGAUAUGCCAAAUUGAAUGAAUUGAAAAUUUAGAAAUUUUUGAUUGAUAAAUUGCACUGAGAAUUAAAGUUUACGAUCCCAAUAAGUUAAACCUGCACUCUCUAUACGAGUAUGUUGGGAAUGUAAAUAAUAUUUCCAAAUUCCAAUAUAUUUACGUGAAAAUUUAAACUAAAGAGAUCUUCAACCAAACAUUUGUAGAAUUUCGAUAAACAUUGAAGUUGCUUCCUCUCAAAUAUUGUUCGAACAUGAAUAUAUAAAGUAAAUAUGGCACAACUUGUGAAGUUGAGAAAUACGGGAUUAUUAUUCGAAAUACUUGUUAUUUGCAUAUUUUGAAAUUUGAAUAUUUUCAGCAUAAAAAAAUAUGAAUCUAGCGGCAAAAUUGUAAAUGAUAUAAAAUUACAUUUUGAGAUUUAUAUAGAAAAAAAUAAGAGUAAUUAUCAUAACCACAAUAAACCGUAAUGAAAUAUGUUGUAAGCUUUAAAAUAAAUUCUGAUUAAGUUGGCAACAGUACAUUGAUAACACAAAAGAACUUAAAUAACAUUCGACAAACCUGUAGACAUAGUCAAUUGGGAAACUAUGCAGUACGAGAUGUGUGGGAAAACCAAUUAAACUGGUUUAUUUUCUAAAUAAUUUAUUUUUCUUUCAAAUAACGUAGGUAAUUCUGGUUAAUCGUUAUUCUUAUUUUUGUAACAGUUUUCAACUGGUAUGGCUUUCAACUGGUUGGCCACAAUCACUUGAAUGCUUGAAUAGGUGAACCCCAA